AUCCAGAAGAGCUGCAUUCCUCAGCUUCACUCCUCCCCCUGGCUGCUGUGUGUCAGUAGGUGGAGGGUUCGAGUCCCGGCCGCCCUCCAGACUGAGCUCCCGACGCUGAGGAAGAUCAUCAAUGAAACUGAGAGAAGCUCGAAUCCACAGGUGGAGCCUGGCGCUGCUGAGUGAUGGAGCUGAAGGUGUGGGUGGAGGGCGUGGUCAGGGUGGUGUGUGGUCUAUCCCUGAACACUUCCUGUCAGGAGGUCGUGAUCACUCUGGCACAAGCGAUUGGUCAGACAGGUCGUUACAUCCUCAUCUUAAAGUUCCGAGGGAAUGAGAGACAGCUGGUUGCUGACGACUGUCCUCUGCAGCAUCUGACCCAACUGGGACAGCUGGCUGCCGAGGUCCAGUUCAUCCUGCGGAGGACCGGCCCCAGUCUCAGCGGUGGUCAGGAAACGCCAACCACAGAGAGACGCCUUCCCCUACCCAGACCUUCAGAACCAGAGACCCUCAGACGCAGGGAGCCACAUAAAUCUCUCACUUUUAAUCUGGGUCACGCAACUUAUUCCAAGGGGACCAAAUCAACCAGGACCGUCCACAGAGCGUCCCCUGAACCACGGGCCUCCCCCGUCUCUUUCUCAGACGCUCCUGACCCCCUGAACGCUGUUUCCCCUCACCCCUCCACAGAGGAUGUGUUUAGGAAGAUUCUUCAGCAACAGAGAAGAUUACAAGACCUGGAGGUUCAGCUUCAAGCUCUGGAGAAGGAGACACAGGGGUGGGAGCGGGAGGGGCCGUCUACGGCUCCAUGUCUGAGUCCGGACGCUGCAGAGGAACUGGAGGAGCUGCAGUGGCGGCUGAGGCACAAUGAAGCAGAGCUGAUGAACAGAGGACACUGGGAUGAAGAGCUACAGACAGAGACAGACAGAGAACAAGAGAUGCACAGACGUCUGCAGCAGAUCCACUCGUCGGUGGUUGAUCAAAGUCUUGAGAUCAAAGAGCUUGUGACUCACUCUUCACACCUGGAACACGACAUCCAGCUCACAGCCUACAGACAGCAGGAGGCCGCCCGGCAGCAGGAGGAGGCGCUGAGGCCCCUGAGGGAGGAGCUUCACAACCGCCAGCAGCACGCAGAAGACGUGGACGCAACGCUGUCAGGGACACAGAGGGAGCUCCACGCUGCAGACAGCAUGCUGCAGGACAGAUGGGAGCUGGUUGAGGAGCUGAAUAAGGAGCUGAGACAGUGUAAACUGCAGCAGUUCAUCCAGCAGACCGGGGCUCCACCAGCCGAGCAGACCAACUCCCUGCUCCUCACCGACGUCUACCUCAGCAGCGCCGGAGUUAUCGAGUAACACAACGCUGCCACUGACAUGAAGGAAGAAAACAUUGUGCAGACCCUGCAGUGUUUGUUUGUGUGUGUGUGUGUGUGUGUGUGUGUGUGUGUGUGUGUGUGUGUAUGUGAGUCUUGAUCAUUUAUCAAAUAAAUUAUAGGCCACUGAUAAAGAACAACGGUAUUUUUGCUU